AUACAGCUGUUCAAAAAAAAUAACACGCCUCGCAAAAUAGAAACAAAUUAGUCUUAAAUUUAGUGAUAAAAACAAUUAAAAUGGACACAGUAAAAGAGCUAGUACAAUUUAUGCAGCCCAAUCAACGACUGGACCUCAAGGCAGUGGCCCUGACACAUGUUUUAAGCUUAACUGGUAGCGAGGAAGGAAAAUCCGCCAUACUUUCGCUGGACGAAAUGUUAAUGGCGAUAUUUGGUCUGACCUACGACGAUAACACCACAGUGGCCAAAGACGCAGUGCUGACUUUGAUAAACUUGACCGCCGAGGAGGAAGGAGCCGUUCAAGUGUUCCAGCUGGCCAAGAAAGUGCAACCAACAUUCCCCAUCGUGGACGUGGCUGCCAAGGCCAUAACAGACGAGCAAUCCGUUCUGGCUGAUCCCUGGAGCAUGGUUCUCAGCAAUCUGACCCGCGUCGAGUCGCUGGUCCACGAAAUUCUGGACAUCUUGGAGCGCGGCGAUCAGACGCUUCCCCGACUGGCCAAGGCGUUCGCUCAGCUGGACUACAACAAGAAGAAAUGUAAGCUGCACUAUCUGGCUCCCAUUUUCUGCAACCUCACACAGGUGCCGCGCGGCAGGGAGAUGUGUUGCCACAAUCGUUACAAGCUGCUGGAGAAACUGCUGCCCUUCGCCUCUUUUGAGGGCAGUGUGGUCAGGCGAGGUGGCACCAUUGGCAUCUUGAAAAACGUCUGCUUUGAUGCGGUCUAUCACGAUGUGAUCCUUAACGAACAGGAUAGCAUACUGGUGGCCAUACUGCAGCCACUGUGCGGACCUGAGGAGUUCAGCGAUGAAGACAACGACAAGCUGCCCAUUGAGCUGCAGUAUCUGCCGGAGAACAAGACCCGUGAGGAGGAUCCCGACCUGCGUAAAAUGCUCCUGGAGUGCCUGCUACAGCUAUGUUCCACCCGUCGCAGCAGGGAGAUUCUGAGGGCCAAGGGCACCUACGAGAUCCUGCGCGAGUUACACAAAUGGGAGGCCAAGGUGGGCAGGGACAGCGAUUGCCUGCUGGCCUGCGAGAACGUGGUGGAUAUCCUGAUCAAAAAAGAGGAGGAAAUAGGUUUGGACAACUAUAAAACCGUAGAGGUGCCGGCAGAUCAGGCCGAGAAAUUUGUGCAAGAAGAUGCCGACUAUGUGAAGACCUUGCUGGAUUAAAGGACCGUACCCCCCCUCGUUUGUAAAUACGCGUAGUUGUAGUGAAACUCAUAGAAUUUUCAAUAUAUGUAUGCAGUUUUUUAUUCAGAAAUGAUGAUAGUUUCAGUUGCCCAAAAGUGUUUGCUCUAGAAAAGGUCGUAUGCACGCAUUUAAAUGCAAGAGAAACAAUUUCGAUUUUCAAUUAAAUUUGAUUAGUUCAAGUAGCGACGUUAUCUAGUUUAUCUAAUUACCGUUAAUCCACCUCAAUUGUAUAUAUAUAAAGUUUCUCCUUAAGUGCUAGAUACAUUUGCCUUCAAAAAUGCUUAGCAACUGGCUUGCCAUGAAACGUUUAAUGUACUUUUGUGUUCUUUUUACAAACUUUGCUUGGUCGUUCAUUGUGUGUAUGUGAGAGAGGGUUUGAUUAAGUCGCCUUUCUUGCUGGCCAAUAGUGGAUGCAAAUACCUUAUAUAUAGCAAGAUGAAUAAAUGCCAUAUAGCUUUCAAUCUCCGACUUUUAAACAGAAUUUCAAGAGAGUUACGAAUUCAUAAAAUCGUAUGGCGAUAUUCAUGUUGUUUUUAUAAGGUCUUUGUUAGGUGCAUAAUGCUUUCGUAUAUUUAAAUUGUUUGCUUUUGAUUAGUUUGCGUUUAGUUUUGCGUUUGCAAGCAAGCGAUUUCAGCAGAGAGAAAAAUGUGAACCUGAAUUUCGCAUUCAUUCAGUUUUAUCAAAAAACUCCUCCACUUGUUUAUACAUAGUUGUUGAUUUUUCAUUUGCAGAAACCAUUGCAAGCUCGCUUAGUCCGAAAAAUGUUUAAAAGUAAGAGACUAAACACGAACCAUUCCAACUAAAAAUGUUUCGAUACAUCACCGAGAUGUUUCGUUUUGCGUUUAUCAAAAUCUAUUGCCGUCGAUUCCCUAGCCUUUGUUUAGUUUGGUCCUAUUGGUUCUCCGCCUGCCUUCGUAUCAAAAUUUAGUUAGACUUUACAAUUAGGUAAUUAGGCUACACGUGUAAGUUAGCGAGUUUAGAACCUAGCCGUUAAUGAGAGUGGCUUUACUUCAACAUCAUUAUUUUUUGGUUUUGUUAACUUAGAACUGUUUCCUGCAUAAUUGGGCGAUGUUCGAAAACUGCGAUAUCAAGGUACUCGGAAGCUUUAUCCCAUGUUAUUCCAAGAAAUUUGUUUUUAUAUAUAUAGAAC